UCGCGAGCCCCCGGUGGCGCAGCGCGUGCAUGGAGUCAUCCCGCUGCUGUAGGCGGGGGCGAGCCCCUUUGCCCGUCAUAUUAAUGUGCUUUCCCGCUAUUCAAAUCUCCGGAACAGUACGAAAGUGUUUGUCGCUUGUGUUGUCCUGCGUUUGCAACUUAACCCGUUUGUGUUGACAGCUGCCGAAGUCCUUUGCGAUGCCUCGUCGAAAGCAGUCGAAGCCCCGAUCUUUGAAAGGUCAAGACGGAGAGAUAAAUACAAAGGAAGAUAGUAUGAUAGUGGGGAAGAAACGUUGCUCCUGGGAGAGUAGAAAAGAAAAGGAUGAGGAUAGGGAAAUAACUGAAAAAGAGAAGGAUGAAGAUGCUAAAGAGCACAAGUGUGCAACCCUACAGCAAGCAGAAUCAUUGACCCAACAGAGGCUGAAGUACUGCCAUGAUACAGCAAAUCAUAAUGUGGAGAAAGAUGAAGCAUGUUGUUUGGCUUUGCCUUUUUUCCCUGGUCCUUCCUCCUCUGACCGUGAAGAUGGUUGUGAUCUUGGAUUCAAGGGAGACACAUAUAAAGAUCAUCAGAGAUUUGGUCAGUGUGGGAGGGCAAACCUUCCUUUGUCUGGCAACUGUUCAGUACCUCUUGAAAUAUCCCAAAAAGAUAACAGCAGUGAGACCUUCAUUAACGGCAAACAGGGAUUGAGUAUUCAAUAUGAACAGGGUAGUGUCAUGUCCUCCCAACAUCUCUCUCAAUCAAAUCACCCACCCAAUAACCUGGAGGACACUGAGAAAAGACAUCCUCCAAAUUGUGCAGCACAAGAUCAGUCAGCCCUCUCAAUGGCAGAAUGCCCCUGUGCCACAGCACACAUGUCCAGUCCAGCCACUGCAUAUACUGAAGAGAUGGCAUUUAGGACAAUGGAUCCUUCUGCAGAAAAGAGAAAGUCUAAUUUUGAUUCAAACAGUUGUUUAGGAAUCUCCAAAAAGCUCAAGGCUUUCAACAAUUGUGUUCAUUGUCACAACCACAUGAACCCCAGAGCACAUCCACAGCCCCAAGACAUAGAAAACAACACCCGCUCUAGUAAUAAGAUCCUGACUCUUCCACCUGAACUAUCGGAGCACCAAAAAGAGGCUAAUGUGAUGCUAGGCCACUCCGUUUUGCUUGAAGCCGCAAUCACAGCAGCCGUUCAAACGGUCCUUCAGUGUAGCUUCUGUCCCACUUCGUUAAAAGACCUGAAUGCCCUUCAAGAGCAUGUUCGCCAAUCACACAACUCGGCUUUAAUUGAGAACAACGUCUUCUUCUGCUCGCAGUGUUUCCGAGGAUUCCUGACAAAGGACACACUAGAUAAUCACGUGCAGCAGACCCACUGUCUCAAACUUGAUCCAGAUCCAGAAGAAACAGCAGAACGGAAGUCUUUGAUUUUCUGUCCAUACUGCACUCAUUUGCCUACGUUUAACAGUAAGCUAAAAUUGAUGCAGCAUAUCAAAAAGACUCACAAGAACAUUAAUUUGAUGAACCUUAAAGACGGAAGGAUGACAAUGGGUACAACAUCACCCCAGUCUAUCAAGAGUCCAGCCAAAAAAACGGCAUUACCUUCAACUGACUUCAUCUGUGACCAUUGUGGGGCCAAAUACAACGAUCUGGAUCUGUUUCAAACUCACCUGAGUUCCCACCUGAAAAGUAUGCUUCCAAAACUUAGACGUCCAGAGUGCUUCAAGGAUUUCCCAAACCAUGAAUCUUUCAAGGAACACACUGUUUCUCAUUUUAGCAAUACAUCUACACUCUACAUCUGUGAAAGCUGCAGUAAGACCUUCACCAGUGUCAAAGACUUACAUGGACAUCUACUCGAGAUGCACACCAUUGUGUUUUACCGCUGUUCCCUCUGCCAGAAGGUGUUCAGCUCCAAGAUGUCUAUUCAAGUUCACUUGGCCUCCGAGCACAGUAACAAGAGAACCACGUUCCACUGUACGUCCUGCGAAUGGGACUUCAAGCAAGAGCAAGACUUGCACCUGCAUGUCAAAGAGAAGCAUCUCGACAAGGUGUACUGUUGCAUUUUCUGUGCAGAGUCCUUUACCACGGACAUUGAGUUACAGUGCCACAUCACAACACAUAGCGAUAAAUGCAAUCCCUGUGUAUGUACCCAGACUAGAUCUCCCCUCGAGGUGCCCUUACACGAGAAACUCUGUGCCAAGAGCCAGAGUGCUGAAGGUAACAACGUGACCCCUCCACCUGUCCCCGAACCAGUUGCCAAGGACAGUUCUGGAAUGCUGCCAGUGAAUAGUGAAAUACGAGACGGUAAGGUGGAAUUGCUGUUUGGCCCUCCAACCAAAAGCAAAGGGAAGGCGAAUCUGACCGAUCCUAUGUUUGCCUGUGAAAUCUGCGGAGCUUCUUACACCAUGCAGUCCUUGCUCGCCAACCACCAGCUGCGAGAUCACCACAUCCAGCCCGGGGAGAGUGGCACUCUCAAGCGCAAAGUAGAGGCAAUCCAAGGGAGCCACAAAUGCAAAGACUGUUCCAAGACCUUCUUCACUGAGAUGGCACUGUGGGAGCACGUCCAGACUCAUCUAGGGCCCACCAAGCACUGCCAAUGCCCCAUCUGUGGAGAGCGCUUCCCUUCACUGCUAACUCUGACUGAACACAAGGUCACCCACAGCAGGAGCUUGGACACAGGCAACUGCCGCAUCUGCAAGCUUCCGCUUCACAGUGAGGAGGACUUCCUGGAACACUGUCAGAGGCACCCAGACCUGCACAACUCACUCACAGGCUUCCGCUGUGUCGUGUGCAUGCAGACUGUCACCUCCACUCUUGAGCUGAAAAUUCACGGCACUUUCCACAUGCAGAAGGUCCAGGAUGAUGAUCUGAUCAACAGCUGCACGGAUCCCUCCAGCCUUAAUCCUGACCUUAAAAUCUCCUCAAGCAUUGCUCAGCAGGAAACUGUGACCAUGAAUGUCAAUACAUUCGAGCAUAAAUUCAGAGACAGUAAGACUUGCAUUUCUGUAGUCAACUGUUGUUCAGCUACGGCUCUCAUACCAGAGGAGAGAAGCAAUAAGAACACUCUCACCCAGACCUCGACAGUUUGAGUCAACAACAAACUCUAUAAAAGACAUCACUUGUAAAUGACAAUAUAUAUACUCUUUUGAUUGCCUGUGAUCUGGAGUAUCUGCUUUCAGUCAUGCAUUAUGUAUUUAUGCCUUAGAUGUGUGAAGACAUUAAGAUGUUUGGGAGAGGCUUUUAAAAGUGGCUUCUUUUGUUUUGAGAUGCUUGGCAAAUGACUAAUUCUCCCAAGUGCGAGGCUAAUCUUCAUUGGAAACUUCUGAACUCAGAUUUACUGCCAUAUUUGGAUCAUUUCCUCUAUCUUUGUUGCGUUUUUUAGAUAAAUCCUUGUGUUAAGAACAGGAACUGGAUCUUGGUGGAUCUAGCCAGUAAUGAGUUGCUGAUGACUGAAACUGCAGAUGCGCAGAGGGGCAGAAAAGAGGAUGAGAUGUGGGCAGUGGGACUUGAUGUUCUGAGGGAAAGAGUCAUUAGCAGUGUUUAAUCAAAUUGAAAUCUAAGCAGGCCUCUUGGUAAACUUUAUGGAUUAUAUGUAGGGUUUUUGGACAAUGACAUCUGAUAAUCUCUAAACUAAUAAAAUUGUAUGGUAAUUGUAUUUUUUAGUAUUAUAUUUUUAGGAAAAUAUCUGCAUCUCUGCCUUUUUGAUAUUUUGACUCAAAAUUGUAUUUGUGUGUCUUGUUAACUGUAUCUGUAUAUGAUGUUCUGUUGCAGAAAAUAAAAUUGCUUUUAUGUGAAAUAUGGUA